AGUCAGCGUCCGGCCGGCGUUUCGGGCGUCCGAUGGGCCCGGCGAGCGGCGCCGGCGGGGGCCUCCUGCGGCGGGCCGCCGCCCUGCUCCUCCACACCGGCAACCUGCUCAACUGGGGCCGCCUGAGGAACAAGGCCCCCGGAUCCCACAGCGACGAGCUACGAGAUUGUAUUCAGAAGACGUUGAAUGAAUGGAGUUCCCAAAUCAGCCCAGAGCUACUGCAGGUGAAAAGGUCAUCAAGGAAAGAGAAGUGUAAAGAGCAAACGGAACAGGAAAGGCAGAGGUGUACUGAUAGUCAUCAAGCAGUUAAGGCAAACACAGAGGAGUUGCCAGAUGCCUUGGAAUGUACCGUUUCUCAGGCAGUAGAAAAAAUAAAUCCCGACGAGAGAGAAGAGAUGAAAGUUACCGCAAAACUGUUCAUUGUGGGAUCUAAUACUUCAUCCAUCAAAGAUUCAGUUGACAUUGCCUGCUCUGUCCUGGGGAUCGCCCAGCUUGACUCUGUAAUCGUAGCUUCACCUCCCGUCGAAGAUGGAGUUAGUCUCUCCCUGGAACACUUGCAGCCGUACUGGGAGGAACUGGAAAACCUAGUUCAGAACAAAAAGAUUGUUACUAUAGGGACCUCCGACCUAGACAAAACACAAUUGGAGGAACUGUACCAGUGGGCCCAGGUAAAGCCGAGCAGUAAUCAGGUUAACCUUGCUUCUUGUUGUGUGAUGCCUCCUGAUCUGACAGCAUUUGCUAAAGAGUUUGACAUUCAGCUGCUGACUCACAACGAUCCCAAAGAACUUCUUUCUGAAACAAAUUUCCAAGCAACUCUUCAGGAAAGUUUCCCAGACAUUCAAGCAAACGAGUGGAUACCGCUGUGGCUUCUACGGUAUUCCGUCAUUGUGAAAAGCAGAGGGAUUAUCAAAUCCAAAGGCUACAUUUUGCAAGCUAAAAGAAGGGGGACUUAAUGCUUUCUGGUGUCAUGUUUUGGAAAAGUAACUUUUUUUGGUGGGGGGAGCAAAAGAAGUGAAAAUCCAGAAACUGUCAAGACCAAAACUUUACAAGUGACACGUGAGGGCAAGAUUUUUGCAGGUGAAUCGGGCAGGAUGUAGUCAAGUACUAAAUACAUCCUUUCUUGCCUCAAGACCAGUUCUCUAUUGUAUAAAAUGUAUUGUUUUGGGGAAGCUAUUAUUUUCUAAUUGAGAUUGCCUAUAAAAAAUACUUGGAAUUUAUUUCCUCCUUAUUUUUAUGAGUAAGUCGAGAAAAUUGUUGCUAGAUAAAUUUGGGCUGCAGGCAUCAGAGUAAUAAGUGUCCACUUAUUCGUCAUAUGCCGGAUUAAGCACCCUCAUUUUGAUUUGCAAAAGUAUUUUUUCAUGAAUUGUUUCUUGGCUCCCUGAUACUACUAAAGAUUGUUUAAUUACCGUUCUUAGAACUUCAAACACUGGAACAGAGUUUAGGGUUUUUAUUCACUAGUGAAAGUUACAUCGCGAAGUUAAGAUAAAUCCGCUUGAAGCAGUACAGACAAAAUUAGUCCUGAAAUCCUUGCGUGGAAAUUUGACUCUUUCGUGGACCUCGUGAUCUCUUAAUGUAUUCUUGAAAUGUAGCUGCAGAUGUUUGCCCCGUGGCUCCCGGGCAUUCACCUCUUGCUGGGUAAAAUAGGUGGACAAACAGAGAGAACUUGAAAUCACUAAAUAUCGUGUUGGAUUUUUUUUGAAGCAAGUAAAAGCCGAGCAGGGGUGAAAAGAAUCCCUGAAUAGCCAGAAAGUGUUCCCAUUCCUUUCACGUGUAUUCCGAGUGUUCUGAAGCGAAGACUACCUGAAGAAUCGAAGCAAAAAUUAUAAAAAACAGUUGUCAGUGUCCACUUUAGAUCAUGUUAAAGACUUCUGGGCCUGUUAAGCCUCGUUCCAAGUGACAGAAGGACCAUCAUGGCUUUAUAAAGCGCCUUUGUUCCAUAGAAUUCAAAGCCUCCCUCAUUUUUAUCAUCCCAGUAUCUCUCUGAGGUAGGAAGAGACAGCAGGUGUAGAGAUUUUACAGAUGAUGAAGAAAGAGGCGCAAGGAGGGUAAAUGGUUGUCUUCAGCAAUGCAUAUAUGCAAGCAUUUUUGAUCCCUGGGUCCAGAGGAAGAAAAACAGGCUUUCCCUUAACUGAGAAAAGAAUGAGGAAGGAUAUUUCUAAAUUUCAGGGUUUGCUUUUCCUGUUUCAGAUGGACUUUGAAGCUGAUCGGAAAUCUGAUAGGAACUGUGGAGGUGGUUUUAGCCACUUAGUUUUCUUAGUAAAGGUGUAAUCUUAAUUUGAUUUAGACGCUGAGCUUGUCGAAGCUGAAAGCAUUUUUAUAUGGACUUUCUACGGUGUUUUCACAUAAACAGCUUCUUUGACUUCGGAGAAUGCUCUGUGUUCUUAGAAUUUUGAGUCUUUAAAAAAGUUUACAAGUUAAUCAGCUUUCACUCUAGCAAUCUAAACAUCUAAAAUGUUGACUUUUUCAAAUGAAACUUGAAAUUACUGGCAUUUAUAGGAAGUUUUGGUAGGAAAAGAGAAAAGUCUUAGGCUGAUAAUGCUUAUGCCAAAUUCUGUUUGUACUUUGCCUUCAAUUUUUUAUUUAAUUGCCCCAAAGAAUAGAAAUCCAUAAGGGUAAAGAUGAAUGUCAUUUUACAAGUGAAUUUUUAUCAUUCACCCUGUUUUUUUUACUGGCUAAAAUCGUAUGUGCUUUAUUGAUAAAACAAUCUCUGGUGAAGGCUACUUGUUGGUCAGUAAUGACUGAAGUUAUUCCGUUCCUUCUAUAAAAGAAGUGGAAGUUAACUGUGACGGGCCGAGAUUCCCGUGUAAAAGUCAGAGUCCCUAUUUCAAGUAAAGCCACCGGAAGACUUGUUUUAUUAGUAAAUUGUAAUGAUUGAACGGAGCGUCUCAAAGGCCUCGUUUGUUUUGUGUGGAUGGCUCAUCCGACUUCUGAUUCAGUGCCUAAUUGUGACUGACAUUGAUUGUACUGAGUGUUUUUUUCAAAAAUUCUGAUGACUUAAGUGUAUUUAAGUGUAUUCAUAACAUCUGCUUUUAGCAUUUCCUCCGUCACCUGUUUCCACACGAGUGAUGCCGGCAGCUGAUGUGUUAAUACCGAAUGGCGUAUUGAUAAAGAACUCCUCUCCGUCUAGAAAGAUUUAGAGAAACUCGGAACAAUUCGCUUUUUAUUCUGAACUUUUCCGUUUACCGUUAACUGCCUAACGCUUCAAAACGUGUCACUCUUUUUCCGUCGGAAUUCUAAAAUGAAAGAGAGAAAUUUGGCUCUCUGAAUUUCCCGACUUUGUAAAUUCAAGGUCCCAAAAAUCUACUGUUAGGAGAGGAAAAUGUGAUUUAUUAUUAUUAUUAUUAUUUUUUAAAUAAGCAUCCACUUCUUGGAGUCGUUUCACUCGAGAUAUAAAUAAAUGCAAACUGCUAAAUAUUCAUUAACAAAAUUUAUAUAUUAUAAUUUUCCCUGCCACUAAUCCAUUCGAAUAAAAUGUGAGCUUGUGUCCUGA